UCAGCGGCGUAGCACCGGUGAGCCAGCUUCGCACCGGAUCCGAUCUUGGGUGUUGUUGUUGAGCGAAUGAUAUUUAGCAGCACGCCAUUGCCAAGCUCACGAAAUACCCGCGGAACGCGGCAAGAAGAUACAGAAUGAAUACCAUUUUAAGGUGCCUGCUUCCAUUGCUGAUCCUGCUGCUGGUGGGAUCUGAGGUAGUGGAGUCCAAGAAAUAUCAACGCUGUGAACUCACCCGCGUCCUGGUUGAAAAUUACAACUUUGACAAGACUUUCAUCUCAAACUGGAUAUGUCUGGUGGAGCAUGAAAGUUACCUGGACACCGGGAAGAUCACGAAAAAGGAAAAUGAAAGCAAGAACUAUGGUCUGUUCCAGAUUAAUAGCAGGGAUUAUUGUGCCGAGGGACGAAAGGGAGGUCUGUGCAAUAGGAAAUGUGAAGACUUCUCCAACGACGACAUUGGCGAUGACAUUGCCUGUGCCAAACUGAUCCAGGAGCGCGAGGGAUUCAAGUACUGGAAGGGCUGGGAUCGCUUCUGUCGCAAUCAGCAGAAUCUUCCCAAUCUUCGCGUGGUGUGCAACUUUCGCAGCCUGCGUUCUCCCAGCGGCUGAUCCUAUUUCUAUAUACAUAUUGUAUAUAUGUAUGUAUACUGUACUUACUCAUAGCGGGAAAGAGAGAUAUAUUUGAAUACUUUGCAUAA